GUUCCGGUUCCUAAGGUCGGUGGCGUCCCUGACAACCAGGACGUUCUCCCGGGGGCCUGUGUCUUUGCAGGGGAAGGCCCCGGACAUGUCUGAGGGAAAUGCUCACUUGCUAAUGUCCAAUGCACCCUGUGGUCUGUUGAGCUGGUUGUACGGCCUUGUUUCUCUCUUCCAUUUCUUACAGACUGAACUAUGAAUGCACCCCUGGCCUGUGGCAGUGGCGGGCACCUCUUAACGAUGCUGCUGUACCCUAUUCUAUCGUAUACGGACCUGUCUUGGUCGUCUCUCUCUCUCAAGUGUCUUGUUUCAUAUCGUCUCAACAUUAUGACAUCACAGCGACGCCAGUCAGUGCGCAACAGGCUGAGAGAGAUUGUGGGAGCGUCCACUAACUGGAGAGACCACCAGCAGGCGCUAGCUGACCGUUUGUCAUUGUCCAAUCAGCUGGCUGGUUCUCAGGAUGAGCUUCCUGUCCGCAGGAUGAAGGACAGCUACAUAGAGGCCCACCUUCCCCUGGGCACAGACCCUACCCUUAGAGAGAAAUACCUCAACUACCUCAAAGGUGUCAGGUUUGGCCGUAUCCUGGAGGAUCUGGACAGUCUAGCAGUGUUGAUCUGUUACUCUCACACCCAUAACAAGACACUUCAAAGAUCUCCUCUGUCCAUCGUCACUGCCCUGGUGGAUAAGAUAGACAUGAGGAAACAAAUCAUCCACCCUGACUGUGACAUCAAGUUCACUGGUCACGUGACCUGGGUGGGGAAGACCUCCAUUGAAGCCAAGAUGCACAUGUCUCAGUACCACGGUGGGGCCUACACUCCAGUUCUGGAUGCUACGUUUGUUAUGGUGGCCAGAGACCCUGAGAACAAGAGGGCAGCGUUUGUUAACCCUCUGAAGCCAGAGGGAAUUGAGGAGGAGAAACUGUUUCACCAGGGAGAGAUCAAUAAGACGCGUCGUAUAGAGCUGAGUACAGCGUCUCUACUGAAGGUGGCCCCUACUGCUGAGGAGAGGAAGAUCGUACACAGCCUGUUCCUCAACACCCUGGACAGCAAGACAGUGAGUUUCCGUAGCAGAGUUCUGCCUCCUAACUCAGUAUGGAUGGAGGAUGCCAAAGUCAAAGGACUGGAGAUCUGCCAUCCACAGGAGAGGAACAUCUUUAACAGGAUCUUUGGAGGGUUUCUGAUGAGGAAGGCUUACGAGCUGGGCUGGGCUAACGCAUGUGUCUACGGGGGGUGUCGGCCUAACUUGGUUGCCGUGGACGAUAUCCUCUUCCGGAAGCCAGUAGAGAUUGGCUCCCUACUCCUGCUCUCAUCACAGGUGUGUUACACAGAGGGAAAGUACAUCCAGGUCAGAGUUCAUACAGAGGUUCUUGACCCCCUGACCCGGCAGCACAACACCACUAAUGUCUUCCACUUCACCUUCGUCACAGACAAAGACGUCCCCAACAUAGUGCCACAGAGCUACGGCGAGUCCAUGUUGUACCUGGAUGGAAAGAGACACUUUAACCAGACCCUGGGGUCUCAGUGAGACGUGAUGAAUACUGACGAACCAUGACCCAACACAACAACUACCUGCUAAAGCCUUAGUGUCCAGCCACCGCACCGGCCCUCCUUACCGUACGGUGUGUGUGUGUGUGUAUGUGUGUGUCUAUUUGCAUAACAAGGUAUCUAUUAAUUUGUUUACCUCUAUGUACCAAAUAUAUAUAUAUAUAUAUAUAUAUUUAUUUAUAAACUGGGUGGUUCGAGCCCUGAAUGCUGAUUGGCUGACAGCCGCGGUAUAUCAGACCGUAUACCAUGGGUAUGACAAAACAUUUCAUUUUACUGCUCUAAUUAUGCUGGUAACCAGUUUAUAAUAGCAGUAAGGCACCUUGGGGGUUUGUGGUAUAUGGCCAAUAUACCACGGCUAAGGGCUGUAUCCAGUUACUCCGCGAUGCGUCGUACCUAAGAACAGCCCUUAGCUGUGGUAUAUUGGCCAUAUAACACACCCACUUAUGCCUUAUUGCUUAAAUAUAUGCAUGCUGUCUGUCUAGUAUAGGUCUGUUUGGUGGUUGAUUCUUCUGGAGUCUGUUUACGUUCUGGGAUCCUGGUUUGGGAACACGGAUGUCAAUAGUGCUAUCACUUUUUUUCUACAUAUCUUCGACAUAAAAUCAAAUUAAAUGUUAUUUGUCACAUGCCGAAUACAACAGGUGUAGAAAUGCUUACUUACAAGCCCUUAAC